AUGGGUGGCAAUUCAAGUCGUGAGAUGAUGAGCCCGUAUGCGGUUAAUACACCGCUUAUAGGUAUUUGCUUCACCUCUCUACUCUUCAACAGUGUACAAGGUGGGACUCUGCGAUCAUCUAACCUGUACAAUAAUUUCAUUCUCAUCUACCUCUUGGGCAUCUCAACAGGAUGUUCAACUGUUCUGCAGAAACCGGUGUUGGGGGCACAGUUGGGAUUUUUAGCCUCUUUCUGCUUUACCAUUGGCCCAAAUUUUCGGCUUCUUUACACGCGUCGUCUUUUUCCGGAUUACGUGCGUUAUGCUAUUGGAACAGCGUACAUGACGUACCAUGGUCUUCAGUGGUACAGAGAAAAGACGUACUUUGAGGAUGCCAUGGAGGAUGAAGAAGAAAACUGA